AUGAACCGAUUACAAGUGAUAACCCCAACGACCAACCCGAGUGGCCUUCCUUUUCAAUCUGCAGCAAAUUCCAUCCUGAAUUCUUGUUACCCUAGCGACUCUCCCAUGCGUUCAAAAUUCCUACCAAGUUACUAUCCUUUCCGACCUGACAAAAAGGUCAUGGAGUCGGUGAAUCGGCGUCUAGAAAAGCUUAUCAAUCUCUGUCGAGAUCCUCGCGUCAUGCUUCGAAAUAGCCCCCCUUACCUCCUGGAUAUUUUGCCAGACAUUGCCGACAAACUGAAGCGCAUCAUGUACGCAUAUCAGGGCUGUCUUGAUGAACUCUUCAAAUCCCUUUAUUUCCAGGUGUUCUUGUACAAUCUUAACGAAAAAUGCGAACUCACUUCAAAGUUGUUUAAAGAGGCGAAGGACAAGAUGUAUGACGACCACUCGGAGCCCAGGCGAAGACUUACAAAGUACUCCCUCGUUCUGUCCCACAUCUUGAAGGAUCUUGAAGCUCUCUUUCCUAAUAACAAAUACGCUCCUGAGGCCUUCCGCAUCACCAAACGAGAGGCUGCAGACUGGUGGCGUGAGAAUUUUGGCGACUCCUCUAUUGUAUCCUGGGAGGUGUUUCGAACCCGACUCUUUGCCACCUUUGGAGUGUUGGAGCGCAGCGAGGCACGCGAAUUACAGAACACUAUCGAUCUCACAUGUAACUAUUACGUUUCUGUCUUCGAGUUUGACGUUUUUGUGCGUCUCUUCCAGCCUUGGACCAAUGUCCUCGAGACCUGGAGGGCGUUGACCAUAAUGCAUGCUGGCUACAUGGCAUUCAUGACCUACGACGAGGUGAAAGCAGUACUGAAGAAGUUCAGAGGACAUCCAGGUCCAGGCAGCUACGUGUAUCGCCUGUCUUGCACCAAGUUAGGUCAGUGGGCCAUUGGCUAUAUAACUGAGAAUCUGCGUAUCCUGCAGACUAUUAUUCAGAACAAGUCACUUGCUCAGGCUCUCCUAGAUGGUGAACGUGACGGCUUCUACCUUUAUCCAAAUGGAACGCCUAGCCAGUCAUCCAUUUUAACUCCUCUCUUGCGUAAUAUUACCCAUACUCGUAUCCAGGUCUCUGAGGAGCAGCACCAACUCUAUUCGCGAAUAGGAUCUACCUUUGAGGUGUGCAAAAUAUGCACGGAGAACAAUAAAAACAUUCGCCUGGAGCCUUGUGGCCAUCUGCUCUGUAAGGUUUGCCUCCUAAACUGUCAGAACGCGACUAGCGGUCAGACAUGUCCCUUUUGCCGACUAGAGGUGAAGUCCACAGAAGAGAUAAUCCUUGAUCCUUUCAUUCCCUCCAAUGAUGAUGACGUGAUUGGACGCCAUGCACCGGAGGUUACAGCAGAAGUAGAGGAAGAGGAAGAGGAAGAGAAAGAAGAAGAAGAUGAGGAGGAGGAGGUGGUGGCAGAGAUUGGGAGAGAAGUCAGUGAAAGUGAUUCCAACUUUCAGGAUAAGGAAAUUGAUGCAGUUCUCGCUGCUCUUCCCUCUGCUUCCACCUCCACUGAUGUCAUGCUCUGCUCCAGUUCAAUUGAGAACACGUCUGAUGGUGAAGAAAAUGCUGUUAAUUCUCCAAGGAGGAAGAGGGACUCUUCGUCGUGUUCUCUUCGUGUCAACGAACCUGAAGUUCGUAUUCCAAAUGGUCCAAGUUACCUCACUGAGGCAGUGGAGGCAAUAUCAUUUGAUACAACCGCCUUCAUGAGGAGGAGUGAUGUUGCCGGUGUGGUGCUGGAAGGACCACCUCUGACAGUGGAGGUAGCGCGUCAACUGCUGGAAAUCUGUGAGGGCAACGCUGACAUUGCUGCUCGCGUAUGGCGAAACUUUGUCCCGCGAUCGUGA